GUAGUUUCGGUAGUUCAUUUUUUGGACUCCGGAAAAUUUCUUUCAACUUCUUCACUGUUGGGAAAACCGUCCUUGUACCGUAUUUUCUUGCUACUCGUGCUAUGCGUUCGGUCAAUCCACUUAUAAACGGAAUUACCACUGUGCCUUUGAUAUCUUCUUCUUCCUGAAUAAUCCGAAACGUUGGCGAACCAGUCAAGACAUCCAAGUGGGAGUAACCUGAAGUCAUGUAAAUAGUGUAAAACUUACUACUAGUUCAUUAUAAGAGCAUUUGAACAAAAACUUACCUACAUAAUUGUACUCCAUAAAUGACAAGAACAGCUAUAUUUAUUUUAUGUAUAAUAUUUUUGCAAUUAACACGGUUAUUUACUAAAUUAUACAAAUUUUGGUAUUUUAUAUGGGUUGCAUGAACUUGUAGAAGAGAGAAAACCCCCAACUCGUGAUGCUACAAAACCAUUUAUCAUUUCUGCAUCAAGUCUAGUACGUACUGCAAUGAGAAAGUUGGGUUGGAAACGACCCACAGGUGAUUCGACGGAUGUUGAUACUCCAUAUGGGUUGCAUGAACUUGAAGAAAAUAGAAAAUCGCUAUUCCGUGAUGCUAUAAAACUAUUUAUCCUUUCUGCAUCAAGACCAACCCAUGAACACUAUGGAGAUUGUAAUCUAAUGUGUCGUCUGAAAGGUGUUAACAGAAGUAUAUUACAGCUGGAUUCUUUUGUAACAAAAGCUGAAGUUGUUGGUAGUAAUCAAUGUCGUCUAACUGAUAAUCACGAAAAUACAGCCGUCGUCAAUUGCAUUGGGGAUGACUAAUUAGCUUUAUAGAUUAUAUUUGCUUUUUUCGAAAUUAUUUAAUUGUAGCUAAUUUAGGUCAUUCUGCUCUCUAUUAUUAUAUUUACGCGUACACUCAAAACCGGUUUAUUGUUUGACCGAACAAACACAAAUUGAAGUAACACAAUAUUACAAAAAACGUAUGCUUUGUAUUGAAUUUAUUAAACAA